UGGUGCGUGUUUACAGUGAACUUAUUUAAAAAUGGUGAAACAGGAUAUUGCACAUGUUUCCGAAGACGAUUCACCUUUAGAAGCUGUUAAUGAAAACGGUAAGCGUAGUGCUGCUGAUAAUAACCCCGAGGGCAAGAAACGAAUAAGAGGUUUAUAUCGGCAGCCAACGGUCAACGAAUUGAACCGUCUUCGCGAAACUGAGAAUUUAUUCAAUUCAAAUUUAUUCCGAUUGCAAGUUGAUGAAGUCCUCCAAGAAGUCAAAGUCAAAGAGAAGACUGAAAAGAAGUUUGAGCAGUGGUUUCUAGCUUUUAAAACUUAUCUACUGUCUAUACAAGAGGAUGAAAAUGAAUAUGACCUUACUGAACAAACUCUGGCGAAAAAGCUCAAAGUGAAACUACCAUUUAAUGAUAAGCUAAAGAAAACAAAAUGUGUUUUUAAAUUUCACAAGUUUAAAAGUGUUGAAAUUGUUGGGUCCUAUAACUUGAGAUGUCCAAUCAACUCGAAACUAAAAGUAGAUGUUAAAGUCACUGUACCAGCAGACAUAUAUACGAAAAAUGACUCAAUAAAUUAUAGAUAUCAUAAAAAGCGUGCUGCUUAUUUAGCAUUCAUUGCAUCGCAUUUGAAAAAUUAUGAAUCCAUUGAAGAUUUGAAAUACACAUUUUUAAAUGGUAGUGAAGCAAAAGCUGUUCUGGAUUUAAAACCAGCAGGCAAGCUUGGUAACUUUGUAUCAGUUCGUAUUGAUUUAUCUUGCGAGCUAGAUGCAUACAAACUUCACCGUUUUAGUCCAACACGUAAUAAUUUAAGAGAAUCAUGGUUAUUUAAUCCUGAUGCUGUUGAGAAUAAUGAAGUGGGAACUCCAACUCCAUAUUACAACAGUAGUAUAUUAUGUGAUUUAACAUCUUCUACAAAUGAGGAGUUCUUAAAAGAAGUUCUGUCAAAAAGUGAGAAUUUAAAGCAAGCAGUUGUAUUACUAAAGAUCUGGCUGCGACAAAGAAAGUUACAAGUGUCUGGACAUGUUGUGAGCAUGCUCAUAGCAUAUUUAGUGCAAAUAAAGAGAGUAAAUAAUAUUAUGAGUAGUUAUCAAAUAGUUAGGAAUGUUUGGAUAGCCAUCAAAUCUUCAGAAUGGGACAAAAAGGGCAUAUCACUCCAUAAGGAGGGUGAUUCUCCUCCUUUGGAGGAAUUCCACAAACACUUUCCAGUGGUAUUCCUAGAUAGAACGGGUUACUACAACAUACUAUGGCAGAUGUGUAGAGGGACCUAUGACACCUUGAAGAGGGAGUGCGAGUUGGCUGUGGGGAUGCUUGACAAUGCCAACAUAAACAGCUUCAUACCACUCUUCAUGACUCCGGUGCAGCCUUUGAUGCAGUUUGAUCACAUUUUGAAAUUCAAAAAUUUGGAAGGUCUCAAACAAUCUGUUCUAUCAAAAGUGUCCAAAGAAUCCCAACUGAACUAUGGUAUAGACGAGCUGGCUCUAGUAACAGAUACUCUUCACACUUUGUUGAGGAAAAGUCUUGGGAAUCGAGUAGACUUGAUAUUGCAGAUGGUAGACGCCGAUUUCUCAUGGACCGUAAAGAAAUCGCCAGAAAAAGCAAAGAUGGAAGGACACGAAGAAAACCUAUUGUUUGGAUUGGUCCUGAAUCCGGAACACUGUAUAAAUGUGGUUGAGAAAGGUCCUCCCGCAAAUUUACCUGAGGCAGAGGAAUUCAGAUUAUUCUGGGGCGAAAAAUCAGAGUUGCGUCGCUUCCAAGACGGCUCCAUCACAGAGACUUGCGUCUGGGACGGAGAGACCACACAAGAACGACGCGGUAUCACCAAGCAGAUCAUCAAUUAUCUCAUGAAGAUUAAGUAUGAUAUUCCCCAGUCCGAACUAUUCCACAUAUGCGAUCAACUUGACACUCUGACGUCUCGCAAGCAAUACAGUGACGCUCAAUGUGAGUCGUGCUCUUUAGAAGCGUUGCGAGCCUUCGACGAACUCCGUCGCGAUCUGAGGCAACUCACGCAGUUGCCGCUAGAUGUCAGCGCUGUGUACGGAGUGUCUCCCGUAUUCAGUUAUAGCGACCCCCUCCCUCCCGUUCCCCGCCCCCCGCAACAUAACCCCUGGAGAAGAGGGAAUGCAAGCUUGGUGAAGGAAAUAGUGAGAGAAGGAACCUUGGUCGUGCCGGAGUAUACCGCUGUUUGCAAAGCAGUCAUUGAAUUGGGUCACAGCGGAAAAUGGCCGGGCGACCUCCAAGCGUUCCGCUGCCUCAAAGCCGCUUUCAACUUACAAAUCGCCGAGCGACUGCAAAAGCAAUAUUCACUCCCCACUCAAGCGUAUCCUACCCACAUUGAUGUGCUCAAAAACGGUCUAGUGUUCCGUCUAGAGAUAGCACACCCGAAAGAGAUAACGCUAUUGAGGAGGGAGAUGGAGAAUGGAGUGGUCAAGUUUAGGGAGAGUGAAGAGAGUGUUAAUUUGCAAUGUGAAACUAUUUUGAUGCCAAGAUUGAGGGGGGCCCUUCACGGAUUACACCAGAAACAUCCCGCUUUCGGGCCCACCGUCUGUCUGUUCAAACGCUGGCUGUCCUCCCACCUGCUAUCCCCUCCCCACUUCCCCCCCACUGUGGCUGAACUAAUCACGGCCGCGGUUUUCGUACAUUCCUCCCCACUAUCCCCACCAACUAUGCCCACUGCUGGGCUUGUCAGAGUGUUAACAUUGCUGGCUAAUACGGAUUGGGCCAGGGAAAUGAUCGUGUUGGAUUUCAAUGAGGAUAUGAAACGCGAAGAAAUAAUUGAAUUGGAGCAGCAAUUCUCAUCUCGAGAGGAUCCGACCCCGUGCAUUCACAUAGUUACGGCGUACGACUCUGACCACCCCGCAGUUUGGAGUAGACGUGACCCGACCCCUCAAGUUAUCGCCAGAGCUAAAGUGCUAGCCAGUAGUACUUUAGACUACUUUCAGAGGGCGCUGUUGAGUGAAAUGAAGGAUAACAUACUGUCAUGCUUCGUACCAUCAUUAUCCGGCUACGACGUUCUCAUCCGCCUCAAUCCGACCCUGGUGCCAUUUACAACUGAACGCGUUGAAAAACUGCCAACAUCACGGAAAUUACCCACGACUUUCGCGGAAGAAUUGAUUCCGGUGGUAGAAUUUGACCCAGUAAGGUGCUAUUUGGACGAACUCAGGCACGCGUACAGUGAGUUCGCCCUGUUCUUCCACGAUUCAUACGGCGGCGAAGUGGUUGCUGUAUUAUGGAAACCGGACAUUGACGAAUUCAAGGAAUUCCAGGUCCUGAACGCAAACGCGCUUACACCCAUAACAGUGAAAGGAGAAACGAAGUACAAGAUAAACAAACAAGCUCUCAUAGAGGACUUCAAAAUACUCGGCGCUGGAUUAGUUACUGAUGUAACAGUUAACGCAUAGCAUUUUAUAUGUUAUAACUACUUGUAAUUAGUACCUUAUUCGUACUUUAAUUUUGUAUUUUAAGUAUUACGUUGUGUAAUAUAGAAUUUUUAUUGAA